UAUGAAUGAAUGUUCCCAGUCACGUUGCUAGUACCCAUAAAAGAUAUAUGGUGACUUCUCGUCAUUCCCUCUCAUUUUUGUGUCUAAUAUUAACUCUAUACAAUAAACUAUGCCGUUUUUCUUGAAGGAUAUGAAGGGGUGCCAGUAUUUUUGCAGUUGACUAGCUACCAAACUGCGGCCCCUACUGACUACCGGCAUGUUUAAUAAGAUAAAGACCACGGCGUCCACCACAAGCUAGACAUCUUGGAGAUUUACAUCCUCUUAACACUUAACAAACUCCGUGUCUUCAUGUCCUCAUGAGGCGGAAAAUUAUUUUUAGCUGGACUAAAGGUCGCUGAAGAUGCUCUGACUCGCUUCUCUAUCCGAUUCACUGCUUAACGCUAGCUACCUGGCUAAUAUGUGACUCGCUAGCUUGAUGCUACGUAUGCGUGUAUUAUUAUUAUUUUAAUAGAUAAUGACAUUGUUAAUGCAUUAGACCGUCCAGAUAUAACGUUAUCUCGGGUGCUAAAUGUUUUUUGUAACAUUUAUGUGAAGAACCGUUGUGGGGAAUCCGUGCUAGGUGCUAUGCUGUUAGCAACCUAGCUAACCAGCUAACAACACCGAGCGCUUCCGUGUCGUCAUCAAACCGGAAGUUUGAAAACCCGCAGACUGAGGCAUGGCGACGGUGUCCGUCAGAGGUGUGUAUUUCAUCCUCACGCUCUUCCUGGGCAGUUUUUUCGGCAGCGUGUUCAUGUUGGGUCCGGUGCUGCCCGUCAUGUUCUUGUCUCCGGCCUGGUACCGCUGGCUUACGGACCGCAUCGUGGCCACCUGGUUCACCCUGCCCGUGGCUCUGUUGGAGCUCGUGUUCGGGGUGAAGGUGAUCAUCACGGGUGACGGGUUUGUUCCCGGCGAGCGCAGCGUGAUCAUCAUGAACCACCGCACACGCCUGGACUGGAUGUUCCUCUGGUGCUGCCUGCUGAGGCACAGCUACCUCCGUCUGGAGAAGAUCUGCCUCAAAGCAGCUCUCAAAGCCGUGCCGGGUUUCGGCUGGGCGAUGCAGGUGGCUUCAUUCAUCUUCAUCCAUCGCAAGUGGGAGGAGGAUCAGAUUCACCUGACCAAUAUGCUUGAGUACUUCUGUGAUAUCAGGCAACCACUGCAGCUAUUGAUUUUUCCUGAGGGCACUGACCUCACCGCUAACACUCGAGCCAGGAGUGACAAGUACGCGGAGAAGAACGGCCUGCCGAAGUACGAGUACGUUCUGCACCCACGGACCACCGGCUUCACCUUCAUCGUGGAAGAGCUCCGCAAAGGGGACAAUCUGGACGCGCUGCACGACAUCACCGUAGCAUACCCGCACAGCGCCCCUCAGACAGAGCGCCACCUGCUGGCCGGCACCUUCCCACGCCAGAUCCACUUCCACGUGCGCCGCUACCCGGUGUGCUCUCUGCCUGAGGAGACCGCCGCCCUCCAGGCCUGGUGCCAGGAGCGCUGGGCGGAGAAAGAGGAGCGCCUGCGCGCGUUUUACAGCUCUCAGCGCUUCGACGAAGCCGACGCCCGCGUACCGCCCUGCAAGAGCGAGCUGAGGGUGACGCUGAUCAAAGUCGCGUCGCUGUGCUACUGGAACGCCUUCAUCGCCUUUUCCUUUCUGGGACUCUGGCUCUGGACGCCAUUGCGCAUCUACUUCCUGGCGGUGCUGAGCUUCUUCCUGGUUCAGCAAAAGGUGAUGGGCGGGGUCGAGCUGAUCGAGCUGGCGUGUCAUCAACGCCUGAAAAGAAUGAAUGAUGGGCCCGGAAGAAAGAAAGACUGAGAGGUCUGUCCGGUCUCUCAUUCUCGCUCUCUCUCUCUCACUCUCUCGCUUUCUUUCUCACUGAGCAGGAACUGGAGCCCCCUUCUGGACCCAAGUGUGUACUGCACAGUGAACACAACAGCUAGGAAGGGAGGAAGGGAUAAAGGAGGAGUGUGCAUGAUUCCUAGCUGCCUGAAACAGGAUGAACUUAAUCUUCAGUGCUGGAAAUGUAUCGUUUUACAAUUUUCACUGUGUAUAAGGAGUGGAAUAAGUGUGUGUGUGUAUAUAUGUGUGUGUGUGUGUGUGUGUGUGUGUGUGUACACGCACAUUUUUAUCCAUUUGAGUUCCACCCACAUCUCUAUUUAAUUUUAUGUGUUCGUAUAUUUAUCUAUAUUUUCCCUCUUGUUAAAGUUUAUGGUCCUUGUACAUUUUUACCGCGACUAUUCCAAAAAUGUAUUUUAGUAACGUUUGCUUAUUUUUCUCUUUUAUUUAUUCGUUUUAUAAUUAUCGACUCAUAGCACAUAGCUGGGACUGAUUUAUUCACCUUCGUCUCCCAAUGUAACCGACCAAAUCAAGGAAAAAACAGCCAAAAAAAAAAAAAAACCGAAGCACUUAUAGUCGUAAGAUGUAUGUAUAUGGUUUUUUUUUUUUUAAAACCGUUCAGAAAAGAAUUUAAAUUUAAACGCUCAUUUCUCCGUCCCAAACGUCACGAUUAAACGGCGGAGAGGGAGUCCGGCUUUAAACGCUUUUCCCGUGAGGAAAACCCAUAGGUUUCGGAGAAGAAACGGACUGAGAUACACGAACUCGUUCUCAAGCGCUACAUUUAGUUACGAGUUAAGAAAUUUGCUGUGACGAACAGCAUACAGGACAGCUUAUAUAUACAAAUUGCCUUAAAUAUUGUCUAAAAUGGUUGCUAUAGAAUAUAUAUAAUAUAUAUAUAAAGUCCAGUUUUUACUAUUACGCUUCGGAAAUAUUUGGGAUGGCAGACAGCCGUGUAUUUGCAUGUUGCUGCAGUAUGGACUGGUUUGUAAUUUUUUAAACGUCUGUAAUCCGGGCGGAGGGGAAGCUCCGUCCCACAUUUUCUGUGUAUGCAGGGCUUUGGGCUUUGACGUAACGGCUCUCGCACCCUAUAUUUCCAAUAAGGAACUGGGAUUCAGCACCUAAUCCUUACCAGUACACUAACGUUAAGAAUGUAUGGAAUACAUUGGCUCGUAUAGACCCUAAGUAGUGCGCUAAAAUGUCCAGUCGGGAACACUUUACUCUCUAUGUUGGACAUUUAACCGAUCAGGAGUCCAUUACAUAGGCUGUGAAGUCAUGGCGUCGACACACUGUGUGUCUAGUACUAAUUUAAUCUGAGUAUCGCUUACUGUUCUGUUUCAUUAUUUAUCAUCACACCUCCAUCCUACGUCCUACUGUACGUAGUGCCCUUACUUAAUAAAGGUUUAGCACGGGUUAAAGCCAAGCAUUUGGAGGGAACGAAAUACCUAACAGGGGGACGUUAUCCCUAUAGCAAGUAUGUGCAGAAUUCAUUCUAAUCCCUACCUAGCGCAUAUUUUGGGAUUGAGGUAUUUCCAUACAUCGUUAAGGAAUAAUGGUAAUGCAUAGUGAACUAAUAUGGAGUACAGGGAGCACAUUCCCUGUAUAACUUAUUGGUCUAUAAGGAUAUUUAGUGCCCUAAAUUUGGUAAGGUGGCGUGUUUGGGACGGGGCUCACGCACAACGCGAUGCUUGGUCACGGUGAAGCGUUUAUGAGGGAGGUUUCCGAUAGUCUGUGUCUCAUCUCUGUGUGACGACUGAGAGGAUUUUAUAGGAUGGUUUUACAGGGUAAAACACACACACACACACACAAACACACACACACCCCUUUUAAUUUCCCUGCUAUCCAUCAAUUAGUGUAUGUGACCAAUCCAUUCAUAUAGCUCGUUUUGUUUUGUGUGUGUGUGUGUGUGUGUGUGUGUGAGACAGUAACUCAGUACUGGUCUUAUGUUAUCCUCAUGCAGGAAAACAAAGAGCGUAAUUCUUCUCGAUUAAGACGGAUUGAUAAAGUUUACAUGUUUUACCAGUCGCAGCACAUUUACAGCAAAAUCCAGCCACUGUGAUGAAGAAUGUUCUAUUCGUACGCAUCGCCUGAUAUUAUUUCUCGCUUCCUGCUUUGAUACACACUAGGGCCCGACUGAUAGACUUUCAGGAGCUAUCCAUACACCGAUCGUUUCGCUUAAACGCCGAUGAACAGCCGCAUAAAUAUAGCAGAUAUAGCCGCGACCAGCGAUCGUCGGGGUCCAAGCACUUCUUUGUAAAUGCUCCUUAAUUUGCAGAUAACAGUGAGGUUUUUGUGUAAGUUUCAUGUGAAUUGGAUGAACCGUCUAGGGUGAAUUUGAAAGAGUUGCAUGUUAUGCAAAUUAGCUCGGAAUGUAGCUACGUAUAGCAUCCGAUUAGUCCCAGAACGCACCGUUUAUUCAUAUUCACGGAAUCGGUAGAAAAUAAUUUUGAGAACUCGCAGGUCAGGAUUAUAAUAAUGCAGGCUUUCAGUAGCAUGAAUGCUUACUAUACUCUACUCUUACUGUAUUCUGUAUGUAUAGGAGCGUGGGUCCUAACGAUGCCACAGCCGUCCAGUAGAUUAUAAUUACAACUCGCAAAUUAAACGAGUCACCGUUUUCUACCUGCCGUUAGUGGUCAUUCAGUCUCGCUUCAUGUUCAUGAAUGUAGUUUGCCUGUAGGACAUUACAGGUGCAUUAUAGGAUAUAUCGGUCGGGUCCUAAUACACACGUUUGUUCUCUUUUUGUUGUGUUUUUUUUUUUCUUUCCCCUCCAUGGUUGUGUCAUGUUCUUGCUUGCGAAUCUCAUGCUAUCCUCAGGUUCAGCUACCGUCGUCUUCUUCAUGCUGUCGAGAUCAAUGCUGCAAUAAAUAUCUACCUUUUCA